GCUUUCGUAGAUCGGAUCUGAAAAUAAUGCACAGCAUGGACGCCCAUGGUCAUUGCCAUGGUUAGUUAAAUUGACUCCUUUCUUAGACAGUUGUUUUGAGACUUUACAGAUUAUGCAUCAUGCAUAUUUAUGUUUGGUAAAUUAGGAUAUUUGCGCGAUGCGUUUCGUCGACCCACAUUCCACUAGAGAAUGGUUGACCUGUCAGCUAAGUGGGUUAUGAAAGUUACUGUCAAAACUGUAUCCAGCUUGUUCCACAUCAAGAAGCUAAAAAAGAAGAGGUCAAUAUGACUGGAAAGCAGAAGGGUGAUGUGCCUGGUGAGGUGUGCCCUUACUGUGGGAAGAAAUUCAAGAGGCUUAAAUCUCAUCUUAAUCAUUGCAAGAUGGCUCCCGCUGUUGCCUCCCCCAAGACUGCAGACACCCCGAGUGAGGAUGCUCUCCUUAAAGCCGCGGUAGUCAAGAGUAAAAAGAAGACUGUCGCUGCAAGAAGCUUAGACAAUCUUUCUUCUUCCAGUCAGGGUGAAAGUGAAUCUCUGUCUGAUUUGAAAACCAAAAAUAGAAAAAAAAAGUUAGUGAGACCAGCAGAACCAAUUACCUCAACUCCUAGUCUAAGUGAAGACACGGGACGACUUAAAAGGAAAUUGCCAGAAAGUAGUAACCAGGAGACAGAGAAAGAGAAGCUGUCUGCUGUUUUCAUGGAAACAACCAGAGUAUCAACAACACAGGCUCCAACUCUAGGGAAAGUCACACUGGCUGCGCAUGUCUUGAAGGGAUCAAUCAGUGAAGGAGAGCAGAGAGUGGUCAUCAAAGCUACCAAACUCAAAAAGGCAGCCAAGUCAAAGGCUUCACUUCGCUUGCCAGUCGAGGAGAAUGGUCCUCCUGUUCUUCUCACUGCAGCAACGGCGUCUGUUCAGGAACACACACACAAAGCCCUGCAUAAACCUCACCCAGAAAAUUACCAGCAUUUCAAUCCGUCCCACUUGAAACCUCAAAUCCAAACACAUUUCCAGGAAGAGGUGAAGACAAGUUGGCAGGGCCGAGGCAAAGACCUGUUCGGUAUGAAAGUCCCAGACAGUGCUGUGACAUACACCUUCAAAAUGAAGACUAGUGUCUGGGAUCACAUUAAGGGUGGUCUACUGAGCAGGAAGUAUGGAGGGCCUAUGACUGUGCCCUUGGUUGGGACUAAACCACAGGUUGGCAAUGCAGCCUCAGCUCUCAGUAUCAGUCUGUCUCAAUCUGCCAUGAAUCCUCAGAAGACAACGUCCUUGGAAGGCCCCUUCAUGAAGCGCCCAGACUCCUCAAAGCCCCCACAGGUCAGCCUUGUAGCAUCCCAAAGCGACGCCCUCAGCUCAAAUGCCCGGAGCCAGGAGUGGAUGUCCACCGUAACUGCAGGGUACCAUGGGAUGGAGGUGUACAGACCCCCGGGAAAGCUGGCGCAAGGGCACGAGGAGUACUGGGUGAAGCCCUCUUCCGCACCUCCACCACCCACCCCUCUACCAGUGCCUGAGGUUUUAGGUGGGUCCAAGAGACCGGAAGGUCCAUCUUCGUCUUUGAACUCGGCGGAGAGACAGGCCUGUAGCCUCAGUAUAGUCCCCCUUGCAGAGAGGAGAUUUGGUGAUGUUACGCUGAAUGAAUUGAUUCCCUGGCUUGCAGACCGAACACCACAGUCACCUAAGGAGGGGUUAGCCAUUUUUAAAAAUGGUUGGCAGUGGUAUUACAGACGGUACAUUGACGUACGCAAGGGUGGUAUUGGAGGGGUUGGCAUGCUUCUUGCUGGCUACUGUGUCCUAAGCUACAUGUGGAGUUACCCACACCUAAAACUCGAACGUUGGAGAAAGUAUCACUGAGGAAGGACCAGUCUGUGGACGUCGACUGAUGAACUGACAUUAGGUCUGAGUGAAGAAUACACUGUGUGCUGUGUGUUUCCACCAUCUGUGAAGCGACUCAUGAAUUAAUGUUUUAUUUUUAUCGAACAAUUAUUUGUACUACUAAACGAGUUGACAAAAGGGAAUGUAUUUUUGUGCACACGUUUCUAAGGCGUAAUAAUGUAUAUGAACUUAUGGAAUGUUUUUUGCAGUUCUCUAACAACAGGCGCUGACUUGUAGCGCGUGUUCAUGUAUGUAUGUUUUUAGAACGGAAAAGGUCACCUGUCUUACAUGACUUCAAAGCUUGUACCACCAUCUGUUUGUAUGUGGUAUGUCAAGUGUGGCCAAACUGACUCUAUAUCCCUGUUGGCUUCUUUACAAAGUGGAAAAAGAUGUCGUGGGUCAGUUAUUCACUAAAGUUCUGCUAUAGGCACCUUAUUUCUGGCUGUUUGAAAUAUAGCUGCGGCUGAAAACAGACUGAUUUAUGUUGAUGUUACAUCGAUGUAACUCCCUCCCUUUCAGGUGGCACACAGCUUUGAUAUCAAAAUAUGUCACAGUUAUUUGAAAUGUGUGGGGGUGUUUGAGGAAAGUAGAAGACUGCCCCCCCCCCACCUGCAUUCUGCCAACACCUGAGCCUACCCUCUGAUUAGAUCUGAUGCUUAAAUUCUUACCUCAUCCAUCUCACUCCUGACCAAUAACCAGCGAAGGCAUUGAGAAUUAGCCAAUCCAAGGUGGAGUUGAAAUGCCAGCGUGGAAAGCCAAGUACACAUUCUGAGGAUAAUAAAGAAUUACAUAAAGUGAAUAU